GAUAAUAUGUCAAAAAAAAGAGAGAAAGAAAAAAAUGACGAAAACUUUAUAACUUUAUAACAAGAAAAACAACAAUUUUUUGAUUUUUUCUACGAAAAUACAUUUCUGAUUCGAUGUUUUAGUCGCUUGGGAAAAUUUUAUGAAAACGCACGAAUACAGUUGACAAUAAAUAAUCAAUGAAUGAUUAUUAUUUUUGACAAUUUACUUCCAAUCUGUCAUUUAAUUUGAGGUUAACUUCAUCAUGGAUAAUCCAAAUAAGGAGGAUCAAAGUCAAGAUGAAUCGGAUUCUGAAGUGGAUGAAAUUGAGCCACGACUUAAAUAUGUAAGAAUGAGAAAUCAUUUGGAAAAUAUUCUCCAAAGGGAUGCUGCGAGUUGUAUUGCUGUUCAUCCAAAGUUUCUUUGCAUUGGCUCGCAUUGGGGCGCAAUUCAUCUUUUGGAUCAUCAAGGGAAUGCAGUGGAAUUUAAAACAUUUCAAGCGCACACUGUGGCCGUGAAUCAAAUUUCAAUUGAUCAAAAUGGCGAUUAUAUUGCAUCGUGCAGUGACGAUGGCCGUGUUUUUAUAAUUAGUCUUUAUAAUCCAGAGAAUACUCAGAAUAUGUGUACGGGACGUUUGGUUAAAUGCAUUUCAAUUGAUCCGAAUUAUUUUAAAACAGGAAAUACCAAACGAUUCAUUACUGGUGACGAUAAAUUGACCCUCUAUGAGAAGAGUUUUUUGUCACGAAUGAAGCCAACGGUUCUUUGCGAGGCUGAAGGCGGUGUCCUUGCAACCGCUUGGACGGGACAAUUUGUCGCUUGGGCAUCGACGACGGGAGUUCGUGUUUACGAUUUAAAUAGUCGUUGCUCACUGGGACUUUUUACAUGGCCGCGAUCUCCAGAAACAAUUCCCGAACAUUAUCGUUGCAAUUUACGUUGGUCGGACGAUAGAACACUUUUAAUUGGCUGGGUUGACACGGUGCGAAUUUGUCAAAUUAAAAAACGAUCGUCACUGGAAAUGGCAAAUCGUGAUUUACCCGAGUAUGUCGUCGAUCCAGUUUCAACGUUUCAAGUUGAUUUCUAUAUAUCGGGGAUUGCGCCCUUGGAAAAUCAACUCGUUCUUCUUGGUUGUUCGAAAAUUCUUGACGACGAGGGCAAAAGUUUACGACCAACGUUACAUAUUGUCGAGCCAAAAUAUCAGGAUUUCUCCACAGUUUGCGUUAAUUCGUUGACGUUGCGUGGUUAUAAGGAGUACAGUUGCAACGACUAUCAUUUGGAUUGUCUCAUCGAAGAAAAUAGAUUUUUCAUUGUAAGUCCAAAGGAUUUAGUCGUCGCGAGUCUCUACGACGCUGACGAUCGUAUACAAUGGCUUUUGGAGCACAGAAAAUUUGAGAGAGCCCUCGAGGCAGUGACAAUAAACGGUGGCAAGGAUUGUAAACACACGCAAACGGACGUUGGUCGUGUUUAUUUAGAUCAUUUAUUGGCGUGCGAAAAAUACGAGAAAGCUGGAAAACUCUGUCUCACGAUUCUCGGGCAAAAUAAAAAACUCUGGGAAGAAGAGGUUUACAAAUUCGCACGCGUCCAUCAAUUACGUUCAAUAUCCGCCUAUUUACCACGUGGCGAUAUUACACUCGAUCCAUUAAUUUACGAAAUGGUACUCUAUGAAUAUUUAAAAAUUGAUCCCGAUGGCUUUUUGCAAUUAGUGAAGGAAUGGUCACCGAAAUUAUAUACAGUUACUGCGGUGGUUAAUGGCGUACUUGAACAUUUAUUGGGCAAUAAUUCGAGGCAAAAUGUAUUACUCGAAGCAUUGGCAAUACUCUAUAGUCACGAUGGUAAAUACGAUAAGGCAUUGGCAAUGUAUUUGAAAUUACGACACAAGGAUGUAUUUCAAUUAAUACAAAAGCAUCAACUCUAUAAUGCCGUUUACGAUAUGAUCGAGGGUUUAAUGGAUCUUGACGCCGAGAGGGCGAUACAAUUUUUUCUCGAUAAAGAACGUGUGCCGUCCGAUAUUGUCGUGCAAAAAUUACAAAAUAAUCAUCGCUACCUUUAUAUGUAUUUGGACGCUUUGGACAAAAAAGAUACGAAGGAUUCAAAAGGAAAAUACCAUGGAAUUCUUGUUCGUUUAUAUGCGGAUUAUUCGCGUGAUAAAUUAUUGCCAUUAUUGAGACGCUCCGAUAAUUAUCCAAUUCAACAAGCAUUGGAUAUUUGCAGUCAACGACAAUUUUAUCCAGAAAUGGUAUUUUUAUUGGGACGAAUUGGCAAUACAUCGGAGGCAUUGGCAUUGAUGACACGUGAACUCAACGAUAUGGAGAGUGCAAUUGCAUUUUGUCAGGAGCACGACGACGAGGAAUUGUGGAAUGAUCUUGUUAAUUAUUCACUCGAUAAACCGGAGGCCAUAACGUUUCUGUUGCAAAAAAUUGGAACGUACGUUGAUCCGAGGCUUAUGGUUCAGAGGAUAGAGCCGUCGUUGGAAAUUCCCGGUUUAAAGAAAGCUCUAGUUAAAAUGAUGUGCGAUUAUAAUCUUCAAGUGUCGGUACAAGAGGGAUGUAAAAAAAUACUCGUCAAUGACUAUUUUAAUUUACACGAGAGGCUCGUUCGUUGUCAUGAAAAAGGAAUUUUCGUUGAUGAUGAUCAAAUUUGUGGUGCGUGCAACAGAAAAAUAAUCAUAAGAGAACCCAGAAAUCUAGUCAUUUUUUACUGUAAACAUUCGUUCCAUGAAGACUGCCUGCCAAAUUUGGAAGUUGUGGACAAUUGUGUUAUAUGCAAUCCUCAAAAGGAAACAAAUCUUGGCAAAUGAUGAAGGUCCUGCAAUUUGUCAGCAAUUUUUGUCAAUUAUUGGCAGGAAUUUUCAUUUUUUUUCGAAAAGUUGACAAAUUUUUCACGACAUGAAAAACAACUCUUGUUUUAUUGUAAUCUAGGAAGAAUUUUUCUUUUCUUUCUUAAAAGGGAAAAAAUAAGAAAUUUAAUUAUUUUUAUUAAAAUAGAAAACAAUAUUUUUUUUACA